AAACCCAAUUUCCCUCGCGCCUUUUCGCGGCCCGGCCAUGAUCCGUCCACCUCUCCCCUCCUCUCCCCUCCAUCGAAAGAACGUGAGCGCGAAGCAAAGCCCUCCGACCCCUUCCCUUCUCACCGAUCGAUCGAUCAUCAUCUCGGUCGAUUUCUUUAUUGACGGGACCCUAACAGUAUAUUACGGCUGAAAGCUGCUGCGUGUGCUUCUUCUUCUUCCCCUUCCCCUUCCCCCUUUCUCGUCCCUGUCGUCGUCGUUGCGUUGCGUUUCGUACUUUGGAUAGCUGCCUGGACUUCUUCCCUCCCGCGACCGUUUCCUCUCAAUUCUCCCUCCCGCGAGCUACCUCAUUAACUCCUCCCUCCUCUCAGGUCCCUUUGCCGCAACUGUUUACUCUCAACCGACACUACAGCAGCCAAAUCUUUCCCCUUUCAUAUGUAGAGAGUCAGAGAGAGAGGUUGCAAGAGAGAAGAGGUGUGAGAGAUAUUUCCAUUUCCCAUCAGUGCACAACCACCACUCCGCAGGUAUUUACAUAUACAAGCUUGAGAGCGAGCAGCCUCGUGCUGAUUUUUUCAUGAUCAAGGGGAGUGCGCAACAGCAACUCCAGGUACAAGGCGCAAGCCGGUGAGAGAAAGGUCCAGAAGGAUCUGGAAGCUUGUACCAGGAGGCGCCAUGGGCAACGUGUGCUUCUGCGGCACCACCUCCACCUCCCCGGAUCAACCUGAGAUAACAUCGUCUACCAAAGCGCCGCCACAAGCAGGUGCCAACAAGAGGCCGGCGACGCCACCGAGCAGCCAGGGGAACAGCCAACAAGAGCCGAGCCCGAAGCCGAAGCCGAAGCCGAGGCCCAAGGCUAAGCCCAGCAAGCCCAACCCCUACGACUGGGCGCCGCCGCCGGGGCAGUCGCACGCGGCGUCCCGCGGCGGCGGCGGGGCGACGGCGGCGCGCGUGCUGGACGGCGUGGUGCCGCACCACCCGCGCCUGCGCGUGACGGACAAGUACCACCUGGGCCGGGAGCUGGGGCGCGGCGAGUUCGGCGUCACGCGGCUCGCCACGGACCGCGCCACGCGGGAGCGGCUGGCGUGCAAGUCCAUCCCGAAGCGGCGCCUCCGCACGGCGGUGGACGUCGCCGACGUCCGCCGCGAGGUCGCCAUCAUGGCGUCGCUGCCCGACCACCCGGCGCUGGUGCGGCUCCGGGCCGCCUACGAGGACGCUGAGGCCGUGCAUCUGGUCAUGGAGCUCUGCGACGGCGGGGAGCUGUUCGACCGGAUCGUGGCGCGCGGGAGGUACACGGAGCGCGCCGCGGCGGCGGCGGCGAGGACCGUGGCGGAGGUGGUCAGGGCGUGCCACGCGCACGGGGUGAUGCACAGGGACCUCAAGCCCGAGAACUUCCUGUACGCCGGGAAGAGCGAGGACGCGCAGCUCAAGGCCAUCGACUUCGGCCUCUCCGUCUUCUUCAGACCAGGCGAGCGGUUCACGGAGAUCGUGGGCAGCCCGUACUACAUGGCGCCGGAGGUGCUCCGUCGGAACUACGGCCCGGAGGUGGACAUCUGGAGCGCCGGCGUGAUCCUGUACAUCCUCCUGUGCGGCGUCCCUCCGUUCUGGGCGGAGACGGAGCAGGGCGUGGCGCGCGCCAUCCUCCGCGGCAGCCUGGACCUGCAGCGCGAGCCCUGGCCCCGGAUCUCCGACGGCGCCAAGAGCCUCGUCCGCCAGAUGCUCCAGAUGGACCCCAGGAAGCGCCCCACCGCGCAGCAGGUGCUCGAGCACCCGUGGCUGCAGAACGCGCGGAAGGCGCCGAACGUGCCGCUGGGGGACGUGGUGCGGGCGCGGCUGCAGCAGUUCUCGGCGAUGAACAAGCUGAAGAAGAAGGCGAUGCGGGUGAUCGCGGAGCACCUGUCGGUGGAGGAGGUGGAGGUGAUCCGGGACAUGUUCGCGCUCAUGGACGCGGACGGGGACGGCAGGGUCACGCUACAGGAGCUCAAGGCCGGGCUCAGGAAGGUCGGCUCCAAGCUCGCCGAGCCGGAGAUGGAGCUGCUCAUGGAGGCCGCCGACGUGAACGGCAACGGGUACCUGGACUACGGCGAGUUCGUGGCGAUCACCAUCCACCUGCAGCGGCUCUCCAACGACGCCCACCUCCGCACGGCGUUCCUCUUCUUCGACAAGGACAGCAGCGGAUACAUCGAGCGCGCCGAGCUGGCCGACGCGCUCGCCGACGAGGCCGGCCACACCGACGAGGCCGCGCUCAACAACGUCCUCCGGGAAGUCGACACCGACAAGGACGGGCGGAUCAGCUUCGACGAGUUCGUGGCGAUGAUGAAGGCCGGGACGGACUGGAGGAAGGCGUCGCGGCAGUACUCAAGGGAGCGCUUCAAGACGCUGAGCAACAGCCUCAUGAAGGACGGCUCGUUCGGCAUGGCGCGCUGAAGAAGAUCGGCGAUGCUCAGAAACGAAACGAAACGAAACGAAAUGAUCGAUGCGAUGCUUGUUUUUUGUUGUUGCUGCAUAAGUACAUCAAUUGAAUGGAGAUAGGGUUGUCUGUAUAUUCGGUGUCGAAGAAUAUCUGAAUCUUUGGUAGGGUAAGUUAUUGGAAGUUUUUAGAUCGUUGCCUAUGAACUUUGUGCAAUUGUGCUUGCUGUAAUUACAGUACAAAGGAACCAUAGGUACCCCAAAAUGUCCAUUCCAUCAAUUCGUGGGGUGGAUUCAUUUCAGAACAACAGCAGACGGUCUAAUUCUGUAA